CUAUGGAAACUGUGCUAAAUGCUGCAACCGCACGAGCGAUGCGGCAUAAACGUAACACUGUAGGUUAAAGAAUGUUCCAAUCCGAGAUCCAUCCUGAUGAGCCAGCCUUGAGUCUGUAUAUAAAACAACUUUAGCAGUAAACCUGUCCCCCGGUGGCCCUCCGACUGACUCCCGACGCGCCCCGGCCGACUCGCGAGGCCCUCCGGCUGCCUCCCGACGCCCUCCUCGCCUCGCCUGCGGAAGAAGAGGCUGGCCGGCCGCUCGCCCGCUCUCCGCCCUCGCCUGGCGCAGCGGGAGUCGUGUGGCUUUGGCUCGGUUGCUCAGGCCUCUUCUGCCCUGCGUCGCCAGAGGGCUCUUGAUGAUCUAAGGAAAGGGAAUCGCAGCCGCGAGACAUUCAUUCUGGAGGACAUGGUGAGUUCAGCUGACAUAUAAGAGAGAGAGGAGUCCUAAGCGCCAUCCGUGCGAGAGGAUAGAUCUAGGCCGUGCUUCGCAGCAGGCGCACGCCCGCGCCCCCGACGUGAGUGUCGCAGCGAAGCCGCCUUUCCAGCCAUGGAUGCCGGCCUGCGGCGGUGGGUCGAGAGCAACAGCGCGCCCGUGAGGAGCGAGGGCCACUUCACGGUCCGCGAAGUGAGGACGACGACCGUGCUAGACGACCCGACGAGCAAGGUGCGGGUCCUGGCCGUGGGCCCCGACAACGGCGGCGAAGUAAAGAAGGUGCUCCUGCUGGGAGAGACCGGGAACGGCAAGACGCACUUCUGCAACGCCCUCGUCAACAGGCUGUUCGGCGUCGGGCUGGGGGACGACGUGCGCCUCCAGCUGCGGGACCAGAUGGACGACCCCGGCAAGAGCUCGACGCAGAGCCAGACGGAGUACACGACGGCGUACGUGAUCUACCGCCAGAACGGGAUGCCCUGCGGCCACAACUACAUGGUGAUCGACACGGCGGGCGUGGGGGACACGGGCGGCUGCAUUCGGGAGGAGAGCAACGAGCGACAUUUCCGGCGGUGCUUGGUCGAGCACGCCUGGAUCACGGAGCUGAGCAGCGUCGGGCUGGUGUGGAAGGCCAGUGACCACAGGUACGACCAGAGGAAGAGGGACGUUCUGGGCAAACUAAAGGGCCUCUUAGGCUAUGACGCGAAGCCAAUAACUGAUAUUCUGGUCACGUUCUCCACCAAUGGGUCUCGCGAUGCCUUCGACAUCAUGAGAGAGGCAGGCGUUGGCUACCGCGGAGAAUUCCUGUUCGACAAUGCGCCUCUGUACAAAGGUUGGCCCCAGGACAAGAUGCGGAGGAAGAAGCUGGAGAUCGAGUGGGAGAUGAUGGAGGAGAGCCUCAACGCUUUCCUCGAAGCUCUGAGUCAGAGGAAGGCUGUCGAGCUGAAUGUAACAGUGAAGCUGAUCCGCUCGCAGUUCGAACUUGAAGACACCAAGGCGGAGCUGCAGGCCCUUUGCCAGCAGGCGGACGAAUUUCGGCAGACGAUUGAGAGGCACAAGGGGAAGCUGUGCAGACUUGAGGGCAAAGAGUCAGAGGUGGACUGGGACGAAGUGCGGGCGCUGGACAGCAGCAGGGAGGAGCUGGUCUUGGAGAACGGAAAACACUGCCACUACUGCCCCGAAUGCGACAAGGUGUGCGUGCCCUUGUGCUCCACGGACCCUGAAGAAGAGCGGAUCUCUGGUUUUUUUGGAGAUGUGCUAACAGUUGGGACAUUUGGUCUGACGCGUCUCUUGGGUUUAGCUCAACCCCUUUCUUGUUCAGAAUGUAAUCAUCUUAAUGCUAUCCACCAAUUCAACCGCAGAAUCCUCGUCAAAGAUGCCACCCGGAAACAGAAGAAAGAGCUGGCCAAGAAAGCUCAGUAUAAAAGAGUUAUGCAACAGAAAGCUGACAUUCGAGCCGAUAUUGAGGCAUGCAAAGCUAAGUUAAAAAAGGUCGAGACACGACACACAAGAUCUAUGAGGAAGUACAACGAGAUUGAAUACCAGAUCAAUUGUAUGAAAUCUGGAACCUGAAACUUAAAAACAAACUAGAAAAGAUAAUUAGUGUAUAGUUAUUAUUAUAUUUAGUUGCUGUUAAGAACUUCUUGAUACUUUAUAUAAGAAUUCCAAUUAAUGGAUUAUAACGUCACAGAGCAUAUUCUUUCCCUCAAGCACAUGAUUCGUAAGUGACAAAUGUUCCGCCUUAUUGCAACUACUUACUGGAGAAAGAAUUUUUUAAAAGGUAGCUUGUGUUUCUAAAUACCGAUGCUAUUAGGUUAAUGUUCGUUAAUAUUAUUAGAAGGCAGCAAAAAUGUUUAGUUCAGAAUUAAGGUUAACAUUGUUUUCCUUCAAAGGUUAUAUGCGUGAUGCCCAAAAUAAUGAAAUGAACCAAACCUUUUUCUCAGAUAUGUAUGACUAAUGAUUUUCAAAUAAAAUAAAAUACACCAAAA